AUGGGGCCCUCGGCCCCUGGGCUGGGAAGCGACGGCUGGCUGCCAGAAGCGUGGUCUGGGUUGGAGGACGACGAGUCGCAGGGCGAAAGCCGCGGUGCCACAUGGGUGCGUGGUGCUGCAGACGCCAAGGCGAUCAAGGACUUUUCCUCUACGGAGCUCCCCGGGGCCAAUCUCUCCUCCCAGUGUGCGAGCCAUGGCAUUGCUGGAACUGAGGAGCUGGAGCUGGCGGAUGCUGACGGCAUUCCGGCUGACAUGUGGGUUGAGUGGGCUGCAGGCUGCCAGCGCUGGCGUGACUUCUGUCGCGGUGGUGGAGGUGGGCAAGGCCAUAGCGAGCUACUUGAUGGUUUGCAGGCAUUGCUCGCCAAGAUUCCAAAGCAAACAACGGGCCAAUCAGUGGCCAAGAACAAGGGCAAGGGCAAGCGCACAGAUGGAGGAGCGUGUGGCACAGAUCCGCCACCCGGUGGGCAAUCCCGCAAAGGCAAGGGGCAGGGCAACAAGAUCAGCAAUGAUGAUGAGUUGGUUGCCGCCUUGGAGAGUUUGGUGAGAAAUGCCCGCAAGGAUGCCACAAACCUCCUAGAGGAUCUGCAGAUGCUCGUCGCGAAGGCGGUGGCGGGCUACGGACAGGGCAGGGCAGCAAGGAGAGCAGAAGCGCAAGGAGAUGAGUGGACCACAGUGGUCAACAAGCGACAGCGUGGUCCCACUCCGCAGUGGGUCAUCGAUCCCCUUGUCGGUGGCAUCAUCGGUGUUGGUGUGGCUCGGACCAGGCUUGCCAAUGGCCAGGAGCUCAAGGCAGCGAUCAUCGUCGCCAAUGAGAUGCAGGAGCUUAGUGCGUUGCAGUCUUUGGCCAGAGCGCAUGAGCUUAAGGACAAGGUUGCGGUAGUUUGCAAGUUUGAGCCACCCGCGGGUGCCACUACGAUGCAGCUGCCGUCCAUCGGCCCGAAAGGCCAGAGGCAAGUUCGGGCUUGGCCUGUUGUUGCCCUUUGUGCGGCGGGCAAACCAGAGAUCAAGCACAACGUUGUGAUUAGGCAAGUUCCGGCUUUUUUUGGCAUUUGGCACAAGAUGCAGGCGGGAGAACAGCACCAACGAGAAGCUGUUCUGGAAUGCUAUGCCAAGGUCAUUGCGGACCAGAAGGCGGCCAUCUUAGCCAAGUCGGGGACCAAUGGAGUCUUCGUCAUGGAGUUGGCCCGGGAUGGGGCAAAGCGCUACGUAGAAUGGCAACCAACAGAGGACCUAUCGGGGCAGGCCUACUUACAGGCCACCCUCCGAAAAGCCCAGACAGUUGGAACGUCAUUGGCUUACCGACGUGGCGGUGGGGCCUCGCUGGGAGUACGGAUUGCCCCAGACAAGGUCGGCGACAGGGUGUGCGCUUGGCGGGCUCGCAAGGUCAUCAGUCCUGGCCGUGGCAAUUUGCCGUGGCUAGUCCGGGGAAGGUUGAAAGGAGAUGCAGGACAGCCUGUGCUGGCCAUUCAGGUCGGCAAGCACACCGUUGACUUGGAGCGGGCCACUGCCAAACGAAAGCUGGUGGACUUGGAAGCGGCGAGGCUGCAGCCAGAGAAACCUCAACGAGGAGCUGGGCUUUCAAGUGGACCGUCUUUGAGCAAAGGUGGCAACAAGGGCCAGAACAGCAGCGCCAGGGGAAAAGGCCAGGCCGCCAGAGCUGCAGCUGUUUCUGGCGAGGCGGCGCAGCAAGGCAAAGAGGGUGCCUCGGACACGGGCGGCCGCGACAGGUCUCGCUCACCAACGAGGACAGCCGAUGCUUGGCACGAGGUGCUGGAGUGUGGUGGAUCUGGCAGCUGUUUUUAUAAUGCGAUUGGAGCUUAUUUUGCUGUGCAGCGAGAUGGUUUUAACGUACCGGACGCGAAGAAGUUGGCCAAAGCGCGGGGUGCCACACUCCGCGCCGAGAUUGCCGGAUACAUCAGGGAGAAGGCUGGAACUUUCAAGGACUUUUGGGUCUCGCCGGAGAUUCCUGCGGACGAGGCUGGACGAGUGAACCUGGAGCAGAUGGAGGGAGGCACGCCUCCUGGCAGCUGGGAAGACUACUUGAAGGCGCUUGAUCGGCCUACUCGGUGGGCCGAUGAUAUCGCAUUCCGUGCAGCGGUGAAGCGACUUAAUUGUCGUAUCAUAGUGGCGGUGGAUGAUGCCGAAAACCCCACGCAGCUGCUGGCGUACGGCAAGCAGAUCGACUUCAAGGACGGCCGCAAGCAAGCAGUGAUCCCCCUCCUUUACAGUGAGAAGCACUACCAGCUGAUCAUGGCCAAGCCUGGGAAGGACAUCGCAGACAGCUGGAGAACUCUGCCGGUUGGGGGCCAUGCUACGGUCCCUCGUGGUGGUGGCGAUGGGGAAUGGCUUCCUCCUCGCUCUCCGUCGUCGGCGGCUUCCUCCAGUGCUGCUCCUCCUUCACGAAGGGUGGGCGGGGGGGUACGCUUGGAGCACGAAAGGACAAAUGAUCCCCCGCAGCUCGAGGAGCGACAAUGGCGAUUGGCUCCCACCUCGAGCUCCGUCGUCGUCGGCUCGCUCGGCUCCUGCAUCACGGGACGGGUCAUGGAUACCACAGACCCCGGCUUCGCAGGCAUCAUCGUGGACUCCAGCUACUCCGGC